AAUGUAUGUAACCCAAUAACUCGGUACAUAUUAUGUCAGUUCAUUACUGCAGCAAGGUCUGGCGAUGUGUUCACAAACAGGAAAGUAGAUCGCCUUCAGAAAACAAGCUCUCGUGAUGAUACACAACCCAAGUGUAACGCCGGGAAGAAGGAAUUUACAUCAUGAAUAUUAUUUUUUGUGUGUAUUUCAGCAUGGUGAAUGCGUCGUAUUUCACUUUCAACUACAGAUUCAGGUCAUGAUGCCCUGGCACAGAAAAGCUAUUAUGCAUGUGUCACGGAUGGGAUACACUGGAUGACUACCUACGAUGUCUAUAUAUAUCUUUACAAAUGGCGUCCAAUCCUCCCGAGCCUUACCUUACAGGGAGAACAUCAGCCCUUAAAGUGGAGGACAUUGUAAAGAUUCUGAGGUUUCCAGAUGAGAGCAAGGUCAUCCAGACAGCGCCCGCCACACCCCAGGGAGGGGAGGUGUACCUCUACAAGAUACCCUCGCGUAUGAGAGAAGAUAUCUGGAAGGACGACAGAUAUCACUUCAGGAGUGAUGGAACCCGGACUCAGCCUACCUCCAGUCCACUCAUAGUGAAGCAGUACCACAAGGCUUACACCAAGGACAAGAUGACAACAAGGGCUUUUGUAAGGGAAGCAUCCUAUCUGUUCGACCAGCCUGUGAAACACGUCCUUGUGCAGUACAUCGGGGACCACACGCAGGCACAAGCUGCUCCUCAACGUAAGAGGCGAGGUCGACAACCACGUCAUCCCCAGGGUUUCCCUAAAUAUUUGAAAGUUGAGUCAGUAAAUGAAACUGUGCAGUCGGAUGUUUCGGGAAACACUGAUGCCAUUCUAGAGCUUCAAGGGAAUUCAUUAGCAAAUAGACUUGAGGAAAAAGGAAAUUUAGAUACGGUUUCAAGUGUUCUAUUGAAUGGUGCUUACCCCAGAAUACGAACUGUGUCGCGGACAUCUGUCCGUGGAACAGGGAAUGAUCAUGACACAAACCAGAAACGCUGCAGGACUAUAGAUAACACAGGUGAUGAGGAUGACAUUGACUAUUUGGGUUCAACAUCAGGCUCCUUGGUUAAGAGACCACGUUUACAGUCUCAAGCUGAAAAUGACAUUACGAAUGUAAGCUAUGACACUACCACUGACUAUACUUAUCUGUACAGAUUUCUAGAAAAAGUAGAAAAGAACCGGGAUGUGAUAAAGGUCGUACAACGAAUCCGGGCAUUAUCUAGGCUCUGGAACAAGGACUGUACCAACAAAAGCAAUUCGUGCUGGACACUCAUAGUAGAGGUUGAGAAAAAGUGGCCUCAAGAUACAAUAAAAGCAAGGAACUGGGUAAAAUGUUCUGUGAAUACUGAUGGUCUGAGCUUCAACCAAGACCGGUUAGUCUAUAUAAAGCUCAUAGCUGCAGUGCUUGUUGGAGCGUGUCAUACCAGGACUGAAGUACAGGAAUUUGUGAAAACACUGGAUGAUCAUCCAUCACACCUACAGCAUGUGCAGGGCUGUACUCUGUCACGUGACUGUACAUACACAGUUGGCUGCUACACCAUCAGAGGAGAUGUUCUGUCUGGCUUGGAAACCAACGAGUGGCUGACCGAUGAAAUCAUAGACACUUACCUGCACCUUCUGGAAAGAGAGUGGUGUUCCCGUGUCAGCUUCCACUGCUUGGUGCUGCCUACAGAGACAGUGAUAUUGUGGGAGGCAGGCUGGUACACAGAGAGGAUAAGGGGGAAAGAUGAGCAUUUGGAAAAAUACACGUGGAUUUUAAUGCCUGUGAACAUGCCACGUAAUCAACACUGGGUGCUUCUGGUGGCUAAUGUCAAGGAUGGAACAGUGGGAGUAGUCAAUUCUAAACCAGAUUUAGAUGUGGAGGACAUAAUUGUACAACACUGGAGGUCAUUUGUAAAUCACUGGAAAUCUACACCAGGGAAAAUGGGCAUACCGUGGAUGAAGAAACAGUACCUAGUGAUAGACCAGGCUGAUGGGCACAAUUGUGGGAUCUUCGUCCUCAUGGCUGCUGAUGCCCUUUUGGCGGAGACGUCUCCAGGAAUCAUGAGGAACUACCACGCAGAGAAGUACAGGCUGCAUGUACUACAGAGGAUACUACAGUAUGCCAAGGAGGAUAUGCAGAGAGGAGGAACUCACACCUUGGCAGUGGAUGGACACGGCGAUAUCACAGACAAUACCCAACAUUCGGAAACUCUGACGGAAGGAGAUAUAAUGGAAAGAAGCUAUACAAAGGCAACAAAACAGGGUCAAGUCAUUCAUACAGUUGUACAACAUCAUGACACUUUUGUCGAAACCGACGGUGCUAUGGCCACCGAUAAAGAUGCAGAUGAGUACUCAUGUCUCGAUGAACACCUGUCACAGAAGCAGCUAAUGGCGUGUUUGUUAAUUGUUGCUUUGGCGGGGAAUAACCUGAAGAAGAGGUUGCUAUGGGCAGUUUCUGACACAGGAACUAGAGCGGAAAGAGAAAGCUAUAAACGAUACAUUGCUUGGGCGCUCAAGGUUUUCGACAUCAAUGGAGACACAUACACUAAGGAGAUGAUACAAAAUGAUUUAAAACAAUUGUCAGGAUGCUGUCUAUGUCAGGAGGCUGGAUCAUACAGAAUAAGAAACCAAAACGUAGCAAUAAGGCUAAGAGACAUACUGUCCAGCGAUCUGAGACAAUUGGUUGCAAAGAUGGACCUGGAGUUUAUAUUUCGCUAUGUGAGUUCAAGAGCUGAAUCCACUGAGGUGGAAGAAGUAGAUAUCCCCUUCCAAAUUGAAUUGAAGCAAGAUGAUAUGACUGUUGUAGCUCAACGUUUUGUGGCAGCCAUACAGGGCAAAGAGUUUGCUUUUGUGUGCAUGCAUUCUCUCUUUCAGGAACAGACAUUUGUCGAUAUGGUCUUUGAGAAUCUGGCGCAAAAUCUGAACAAGGACAAUUCUGCUCUAUUGAAAUUAUUGUCCAGUAAUGACACUGUACAUGGACAGUCCUUUCUGUUUUGGACUAGCAUUACAGACAACUCGAAAUUGUUGAGGAAGGCAUUGUCCACUGUUCAAUUUAGUGUACAUAGCAGAAAGCAAGCUUUGUUUGGAAGUUGCUUUGGUAGUAGUUCAGACAACUUCUUGCUUUCCGAAUGUAAUUGUAAGUUGAAUAAGUUGUGUAUGACAUUGCCCAAUCUUCCAAGACCUCUUAUCAUCAAACUGGAAUUGGAAGUUGUAGAUGAUCUAGGGGUGAAGUUUGACAGGAUUUCCAUGCUUGACAUUGCCUGUAUGAGUGGAUUGUCUGCAGUUGCUACCAGACUCUUGCAUGUAACGAAGGCAAUAAGAAGGAAUAGAUCAGGAAAGGCAACAUGUGUGCAUUAUGCAUCUAUGUGCCAAAGGGGCAGUAAUAUUAUCGAUACAGUUAUAAAGAUGGGACUUUCUAACAUGAAUAUCAUAGGUCCAAGAGGAUCAACACCUGUACAUUACGCAUGUGCAGCGGGAAACGUUGGGAUUGUAAGUAUCCUGUUACAGGAGCAAGUGGACAUUGGAAAGCGAAACAUGAGAGGUGAAACUGGGCUUCAUUUGGCAUGUUUAUAUGGGAAUGUAGAAGUUGUUAAACUGUUAUUACAAACCAAGAGAAAAACAACUGAGAGAGAUAACGAUGGCCACACACCUCUACAUGAUGCAGCCUGGCAGGGACAUACAGAGGUUGUAGAAGUGUUAUUGAAGAACAAGGCAAAUGUGGAUGAGAAACGCGAUGAUGGCAACACACCUCUACAUGAAUCAGCCUAUCAGGGACAUACAGAGGUUGUAGAAGUGUUAUUGAAGAACAAGGCAAAUGUGGAUGAGAAACGCGAUGAUGGCGAGACACCUCUACAUGAUGCAGCCUGGCAGGGACAUACAGAGGUUGUAGAAAUGUUAUUGAAGAACAAGGCAAAUGUGGGUGAGAAAAGUGAUGAUGGCAACACACCUCUGCAUGGUGCAGUUUGGCAGGGACAUAGAGAGAUUGUAACAGUGUUAUUGAAGAACAAGGCAAAUGUGGAUGAGAAACGUGACGAUGGCAGCACACCUCUACAUGAUGAAGUGUUAUUGAAGAACAAGGCAAAUGUGGAUGAGAAACGAGACGAUGGCAGCACACCUCUACAUGAUGCAGCCUGGCAUGGACAUACAGAGAUUGUAGAAGUGUUUUUGAAGAACAAGGCAAAUGUGGAUGAGAAACGUGAUGAUGGCAGCACACCUCUACAUGAUGCAGCCUGGCAGGGACAUACAGAGGUUGUAGAAGUGUUAUUGAAGAACAAGGCAAAUGUGGAUGAGAAACGCGAUGAUGGCAGCACACCUCUACAUGAUGCAGCCUGGCAGGGACAUACAGAGGUUGUAGAAGUGUUAUUGAAGAACAAGGCAAAUGUGGAUGAGAAACGUGAUGAUGGCAGCACACCUCUACAUUAUGCAGCCUGGCAGGGACAUACAGAGGUUGUAGAAGUGUUAUUGAAGAACAAGGCAAAUGUGGAUGAGAAACGUGAUGAUGGGGGACACACCUCUACAUGAUGCAGCCU